AUGUCUUCUUUUCGGCAUUUCUCGUCAGUGUUACCAAAGUUGAAUAUAUCAUGGCAUCGAAUAACUGCUUCCGCGCGCUGCUUGAUAAGCUCUAAUCCAACUGAUACCGCUAAAAUAAUCCCAUCUGCAUUAGAUAACAAUGACUGUUCGGCUGUCGAAAGUGGAGUUCAAAGUGUAGUCUUGGACGCCACUGUUGAAGAACAACCUAUUUUACCUUACAGUCAAAAAGCACUGGAAACAUUGAAGCUAGACAAAUAUCCUUACUACGUGGAACGGGAAUGGUGGAAACAUGGUAGCAGGAUGACAUUUUGGUCAACUUGGAGAAUGAAGAGAGAUGUCAAAAGACGACAUUUGCUUGCUGAACUUGGGCCAGAUCGUGUCCGGUUGAAGGCACUAAAAUGUAAUACUAUAUUGCCGGAACUGAUUAGAGAUGAAUGUGCCAAAAAAUUGCAUAAUUUUCCUAAAGGAUCGUGUCCGAGUCUCAUUCAACAUUUGUGUCAGUUUAGUGGUGCACGGCGUGGCAAAUUGAACAGAUUUCAUCUUCAUCGACAAAUUUUCAGGCAUCUUGCUGAUCAUGGUAAACUAUCCGGUAUACAGCGAGGAGUUUGGUCACUGAACAUGGCUAACGUUUGUUCGAUUUUAUCGACUCUGUAUGUUUUGAUUCAAGGAUCAUUAUGUACUGAACUGUAUUUCUUAGCCUCUGAAUCAGUAGAACUUCCGGUCUCCGCUACAACUUUUUUGUCUAAAACCGACGUUGUGCAAGCCAACAAAUACAUUCUAGGGCUGACGGCGGAGGCUCCUCUAACAUGGACGAGUAAUGGAAAUAUUUUCAAAAGACCACGAGCAUUAGCAGUUGUUACUGUCAUUGAUGGGAAAGCUUUUAAUAACCCCUUAUCAUCUGGAUAUGCUGUGUCGACAGAUGACGAAGAUUUCAAUCAUGAGGAACUGGUGAACAAUAAAAUAUUUGCUGAUGAAGGACAGGAAUGGAUUCUGAUGCGUAAUGCAGGGUUGGAAGGUUCACAGAUUGCUUCUGAUGCACAGAAUACUUUCUCAAAAAUUGAAGUCAAGACGAAAAGCAAACCACUGCGGCAGGAAAUUGAAAAUCUUUAUAAAAUUUCAGAAUCGAUUAGUAAGUCGAAAAUUGCUCUAACUAAAAAUACUCCAACAAUUUUCAUCAUCGAUGUGAAGGGUUUGCCAACCGCUGAACAAGAAUUAUCCAAAGAAGAGUAUAAACGAGCUGUCGACGAGUUGGAAAAUGCUAUCUGGCAUUUAAUUUCUGUGUUGAAAAAAAUAUAUAAUGAUCGUGUGAUUGCGGAACUCAUUAUGGAAUCGAUGUCUGAAAUCAAAAGAAGGCAGAAAAGACAAAACCCUGACCGAAUAAUGAAAUUACGGAAGAACCUUAAUAUUUAUCAGUUUUCAUCGACCAGUUAUCCAGCUAUGUUUGGAAUAUUUUUGCUUGUAAGUGUUGCGCUUUCAUUAGCCAUUCUCCUCGUAGCUGUUGGUUUGUGGAACAUGGAUCCGGGCAAAGAUUCAAUUAUUUAUCGUGUGGCAACAACUCGGAUGAAGAAGGAUUAG